CGUUAAUAUUAGUUACCAACUAUAAAGAUGCUGUUGAGGAAGAAGAGAAUGAGUUAGGUCACUUUAAUUUAGGUUAAAGUGGUAAAAAGAAAAAAAAGAAUGUGUUCGUAGUUGCAUUCAGUGUCUUUUCUACUGUGAGACGUAAAUAUUAAUAAGUGAGUAAAGGUAAAAUGGGGCGUUCCUCCAAAGACAAACGAGAUAUAUACUACAGGCUGGCGAAGGAGGAGGGAUGGAGAGCGAGAAGUGCCUUCAAACUCCUGCAGCUGGAUGAGGAGUUCAACCUUUUUAAAGGUGUUAGUCGUGCCGUGGACCUGUGUGCCGCACCUGGGAGCUGGAGUCAAGUGCUGAGCCGCAAACUCCGUGGAAAAGACAAGAGUGAAGAGGUCAAGAUUGUGGCAGUUGAUCUGCAAGCCAUGGCCCCUUUGCCAGGUGUCACACAGAUUCAAGGAGACAUUACUAAGAUCUCUACAGCACAGGAGAUUAUUCGACAUUUUGAAGGACAGUCUGCAAACUUGGUUGUGUGUGACGGUGCCCCUGAUGUUACAGGGCUUCAUGAUGUAGAUGAGUACAUUCAGGCACAGCUCCUGUUGGCGGCUCUCAAUAUCACCACACAUGUUCUCAAAACAGGUGGCAACUUUGUUGCAAAAAUCUUCAGGGGGAAAGAUGUGACCCUGCUGUACUCCCAGCUCAAGAUCUUCUUCAGCUCUGUAACCUGUGCCAAACCACGCAGCAGCCGCAACUCUAGCAUAGAGGCAUUUGUGGUGUGUCAGAAUUACUCUCCACCUGAGGGUUAUGUGCCCAACAUGUCCAACCCUUUACUGGAUCACUCUUAUGAUGUCGACUUUAACCAGUUAGAGGGACCAAACCGAAUAAUUGUUCCUUUCCUUGCUUGUGGAGAUCUAAGUGCCUUUGAUUCAGACAGAACUUACCCACUUCAGCUUGAUUCUAGUAAAGAGUAUCAGUAUUUACCACCUACCCAGCCUCCAAUUCGACCUCCCUACCAGCAAGCCUGUCAGCUUCGCAAGAAUAACCUGUUAGCCAAAGAAGACUCACCCUCUGGCCCACUUGACGAAGCCCUGUCUACUUUAGAUCUCAACACAAGUCCGGACACGAACACGGCCACAUCAGGAACCUCUGACUAAUGGACAUUACUGAUAUGUACAGCUUCUGUUUAAAUCUUUUCAUUGUUUUAACAUGAUUGACCAACAUUUAUUUUUACAGUUUUAACACUCUAAAUGUGCAAAACAACAGCUUGUCACUGGGACAUCUUUGCAUAUGACAUGCAGACAAAAAUAUAUUGUGCCCACAAAUUAAGAAUUUGUUCUCUAGUUUUAGUAAAUUGUGGCCAAGAUUUACUGAUUUGUUCCCUUGUUUUAGUUAAAUCGUGGCCACAUUGUGCUAAUUUGUUCUCAUUCAUUUUGAUUUAACUAAAACAAAGGAAAUGAAUUAUUACAACUUGGCCACAAUUUAGUAAAAUGAGGGAAUUAAGUAUUAAAUCGUGCUCGCGAUUUAGUAAAACGAGGGAACAAAUGAUUAAAUGUGCACACAAUGUACUGCUGACAUAUUGGUAAGUCUCAGGAACGAAUUGUUAAUUUAUUUUACUACUCUACUAAUAAAUUACUUCUCUGAGGUACCAAUAUUUACCUUUUUAAGGGGUAGAUUAGGGGUAGUGUCCCAGUGACAAGCUCUUAGACCCCUAAAGGUAUGUACCAUUUUUACUUUUUUUUUUAAUCAUGUAAUUUUCUUUUUAUGUAUUUAAUUGUUUCUGUGACUUUUAUUACACUCAAAAUUCAGAAAGAUUCUCCCUUGUGAAUGUUUCUUUGUAUGAGUUGCAGAAACUGUCUGAUUGAAUUUGAACUUUUAACUAUAGUUCUACAUGUUAAUAAAACACACACAACUAAAUCUA